AUGGCAAGGAAUGUAUGCUUCAUCUCAGAAGAGCUAAAACCAGCAGUGGUGAUGGUCAUAGUUCAAGUAGCAUCUACAGGUUCUAAUUUCAUGUACAAAAUUGCAAUGGCUAAUGGUAUGGGUAUCCAGACUAUAAUCCUUUACAAAUUGCUGUUUGCCACAGUUUUCAUGGCUCCUAUUGCUUUUUUCACUGAGAGAAAUUGUAGACCAAGGUUCACCUGGAUGAUAGCUCUUGAUGGAUUCCUGAGUGCUUUAUUUGGAGCAACGCUAGGCAACUAUUUAUACGCUAAAAGCUUGUCGCUAACAUCAGCAACUUUUGUGACAGCAAUGUUCAACCUCAUUCCAGGCUUCACAUUAGUGUUGGCCCUAAUAUUCAGGUUGGAGAAAUUGGAUGUUAGAAACUCUGCUGGAAAAGCCAAAGUUCUUGGGACUGUCUUGGGCAGUGGUGGAGCAAUGAUUCUGACUUUUGUUAAAGGGAAGAAGAUCAAAAUAUUGUCACAGCAUGUUGACAUAAUUCCUCUCCACAAUCAUGCAUCAGUUCCAUCUAAUAAUGUCGUAGGCUCUUUGCUGGCCUUAUUGAGUUGUUUGUCAUUUGCAAUUUGGUUAGUUAUUCAGACUAAGAUGAGCCAUAGUUACCCAUGCUAUUCAAGUACUGCAGUGAUGUGUUUCACUGGAUCAAUCCUGACUGGUGUUCUUGCAAUAUGUACUGAGAGGGAAUUGUCUUCAUGGAUGCUUGGAUGGGAUUGUAGACUCCUAGCUGUUGCUUAUUUGGGAAUUGUCAGUUCUGGACUAUGUGUGGCCGCAGUUUUCUGGAGCUCAAUGAUGAAAGGCCCUUUAUUCGUGUCUUCUUUCAGUCCUUUGGGACUAGUAUUCACUGCCCUUGCUGGAUCCCUCUUUCUAAAAGAGGAGCUGUGUUUGGGAAGCUUGAUAGGAUCCAUUAUCAUCACAAUAGGCCUUUGCUUUGUGAUCUGGGGAAAAGGCAAGGAGGCAACUGCAUCUCAAGAUGGAGAAACUGAAAGCAGGAGGGAUGAAGUAACUGAUGGUAGCCAGGCUGCUCCUCCCAUUGUCCCCGGGCAGUGCACUGAUUAUCUAACAAAUGGGGUUCAUCAACAAUUUAAGCAUGAACAUGUUUUACAAGCUCAGUCAUCAUUGCCAAGAAUUGAUUGA